GUUUAUGUUUUGUCAUUCUAAGCGAUUAUUUGUACCACUCUAUAGAUCCACUAAACUGCAAGGUCUCCAUAAUAUUUGAACAGUGAUAAAUGAUUGGUUGUAAUGUCAUAAAAUUAAAUGAGUCAUGUCUUUGUGUGGCAGUUCUGUCUGAGUGAGACCCUUUAUCUUUUUACCAAUGCUUUAUGACGUCAGACUCCUUUGAUAUCAUAUGAAUCAAUGUUUUACCCAUUUAUGAUUAACAGAUCUAUAAAUUCUCACCCUCACUGGUACUUUUCUCAUUUAACUUUCCCACUACCUAAAAGAUUACUUCUCCAGGGUAAGUACAGAUGUUUGUAGGAUAUAUAUAUCUAUUAGUAGGAUUUUAAAUCACAUUUGUCUUUCUCAGCAGCUUGGAUGUGGUCCACAAUGCGAGGGCACAGGGCAUUCUUCAUGCUCAUACUUUUACAUCUUUUUAUCAAAACCACUUCAGGGGCUCUUGUUUCCAGCUGUGAUUCAUGUCAUGUGGAAUCCACCUGCUUGGAGUCACAAGAAAGAGGCGACUCUUUCUCCAGCCAAGUUCUCUCUUGUGUCUGUAAAGACGGUUUCGUAGGUGAUGGUCUAAGCUGCUACGACAUAAAACUCUGCAAUGACUCGUCGUGCUGUAGUCAAGGUUUCCACUGGUCACCAGACAGUGGAUGUGUGGACACUGACGAGUGCUCCCUCUCUAACCCACCCUGCACGCCACCUGAGAUUUGCUACAACACACCAGGAUCAUUUGAAUGUCUGGUGCCUUCCUCCAGGACCAGAAGCACAGGAGUUGAGGGUCAGGUCCGUCUGGCCAAUGGAGGAAACAGCUCUUGCUCUGGCAGAGUGGAGAUCUUCCACAGUGGACAGUGGGGGACAGUGUGUGAUGAUUCCUGGGACCUGAAUGAUGCUAACGUGGUGUGCAGACAGCUGGGCUGUGGAAGGGCUCGUUCUGCGCUCCAAAGUGCAGCAUUUGGACAGGGCAGCGGACCCAUCUGGCUGGAUGAUGUCAGAUGUUCUGGAAAUGAAUCAUCAAUAACAGACUGUGGACAUCUGGGGUUUGGAAUCCACAACUGUGGUCAUAAUGAAGAUGCAAGUGCUGUAUGUGAAGUUCAGCAACCUUCACUUCAGCCCACCCAACUUAUCUGUGGCCGUGACAAACUCCAGGUAGGACUCCUUUUGAGUAACGUGGUUUCUGCUGGUUUGGAUCCAUUCUCUGGCAACUUGGCUUCUCGCAAUUGCUCCUGGGUCACAAUACGCGAUGAUAUUGUUUGGUACGAAGUGGAGGCUAAGGCCGGUGCCUGUGGAAACAUCCUGAGUACCAACCGCACACAUGCCAUCUACUCCAACACUUUAUUUAUCUAUCCAACUAAUGUAUCCUUUGCUGUUCCUGUGAGUCUUCCCUUCUCCUGUGCUUAUUCCCUGGACACAGACACCAGCCUGAACGUGGCUAUCAGACCAGAGCUAUCGUUGGCAGGUGGCAUUUCAGGUUCCGGUCCAAAAGCAAGAGCCUCAAUGUAUCUGUUUCGUGACUCCAGCUACACUGAGACUUAUCCUGCAGGCAGGGUUACCCUCCCUGUGGGCUCACCGCUGUAUGUGGGUGUCUUUGUGGACAGGAGAGACCCAAGCUUUACACUUGUUCUGGAAGACUGCUUUGCCACUCACUCAUCAAGCCCUAAUGAUCCCACACAAUACCCUCUGAUCCACAACAAGUGUCCAACAAGCCGCCAGCAGGUGUCGGUGACUGAGAGCGGCUCAUCCCUCCAGGCCCGUUUCUCUGCUCUGUUGUUCCUGUUCCAGGACGGAUACAGAGAUAUUUAUCUUCACUGUGGACUCAGCCUGUGUGACCGAAGAAUCUCCUACUGUGUUCCUAACUGCAGAAGCAGGACACAACGCUCUGUUUCCAGAUCUGCUUAUCUGAAGCCCAUCACCAUUGGACCAAUCAUUUGGGACAAGCCAGCAGAGUGACCUGCAGCAUCCAAUAAUAGAAAUUUGAAAGGAUUUUUUUUAUUCAUAGUACAUAAAAUAAAAUGUAUUACACUGUAUAAUUAAAGUGUACUAUUCAUUAGUUCUACUGCCAUUGUUAUCAAACUAUUAUCAAAAUCAAUAUGUCACAAUAAAAAUUAGGGCACUAACA